GACAAGAAGCUUUUGUGGAUGCGCAUUGAGUUUUGGAAAUAUGGAGGACAAAAUCACUCGCUCGCUUGCAUUUUUACCCUCCGGACUUUAUUUGAACCAAAUGUAGUUUUUUUUAGCAUCUGAACCAAUUGUAGUUGAGUCCGCACCUUUGCUUUGUUUUGUGAACCUCCGAUAUGCUCCCCCUGCUACUACAUCAUCAGCAGGGGAAGGGACUUUAGGAAUGGUUUUUUUUAUAUAUUAAAGAAAAGAUAGAUAAGAGAUGUCGAAUUUAAGUCAUGGGUUGGGGCGAGAUUUAGUUGACGGUAGGUUAGCAGUUAGCUACAGCACAUAAUUUAUGGUUAGAUGUAUUGUUGCUCAACCACAAUUUUUGGGUAAUAACUAUGAUGGAUUUAAUCUAUAAACUUUUAGAUGUGUGUUUUUUUGCAGUAUAUUGGAUUGGCCACAAUGGGUGCAGAUUCUUAGUUAAGUUCAGAUAUGUGAUUUAAGAAAUUUUGGGUUAGAUCUAGCUUAAGUAGCAGUUGUGCCGAUGCCAAAUGUAGUCCCAAUUCCAACAACUAGACAUUUAAAUUAAGAUGUACACACCUGAGGGAUCUUAAUUUUGACUCAUAUCCCAAAAUCUAGUUCUUUACAGAGACAAUGAAGUCCGAUUUGAUCCGCCAAGGUUUUGAUUUGAGUGGUUUUCCGGUUACCAUGCAAGAUUGAGAGCUCUACCCAGGUGCAAUGGCCGAACCAGGGGGGUGCCAGCAGGGGCCUUGGCCCCCUAGCUCCAGUAAAUUUUUUAGCUCCCUCUGCGUAGUAACAAUUCCACAGUGCAUACAUGCAGUCCAAGGUGAAAAAACACAUAAGUUCAAAGAGAAAGAUAGCUAGCUGCCCCAGUAGAUACCAAAGCCUUUAGAAUCACUUAUUAAUUUUUUUCAAUUUGCAUGAGAUUGACGAGCUAAAGGAGCAAUUAAUUGCACUGGAAACACAAGAAGAUCGAUUUAUAUUAAGGAAUUGAGUGUUAAAUGGCUAUAACUUAUCUGCAUGUGGUAUCCAUCACUUGUAGGAUGCCUACACGUGGACGACCAACCCCGUGCUACGGGUGCAUUAGCACAGCUAUUUAUUGAUUAUUCUCUCAUGUGAAAUUUUCAUCUCUAUAGGUUUUACUCCCAUUAUAAGUAUUAUCUAAAUCCUUAGUAAAGGGUCAAAAUGAGGGUUUCUUCCAAAUCCGAUUCACCAAUGAAACCAAAGAAUUUGGCUUCACUUUGCUUCUAGUUCAUAUUCGUCUCAGUUUGUAAAAUGAUUUUCACCCUUCAGUGCUUCGAUUUGCGUAAAAGAUAUGAAGGCAGAGUUAGUACCUCCCAAACGGUUCUAAAUGUGUAAGUAACAAAAAAUUUAGCUUGCAUACAAUUAGCUUUAUGUAGGUUCUUUUGAUAGUAUAUAUUGUGAGACACCGAUCGCGUUUGUCCGGCCCCCCUCAUGACAGUUUCCUGGUUCUGCCACUGCCCAGAUGGAGCAAGGACUUGGGAGUCUUAUAAAGGCUUGACACGCUAUUUUUCUUUGGACCCUGAGAAGAGUUUUUCUGCCAUUGGGCAUUGAUCAUGGAAUCGUUUUGCUAAACUGUUGCUGUGGGAGUUAGUAUGUCUGUGUCAGAUGAAACUGUUGGUUGUGGUUAAAUUUUUGCAGUGGUGGAGACAGCGUGGGUCUGAUUUUGCUUUGGGCAUUGCAAAACAAGGCCCACUUUGCCUACACCAUAACAUUCUGAACUGGUGAUUCUGAAGGGGAACGCUACAAAAUAAUGAACCUGCAGAUAUGUCAACAAUACCGGAUAAAUCUGUGGUAUACCACGGAGAAGGAAUGUUUUCCAAGGAACAUCACGGGGGUGUAGAAGUGAGCAAGAACUGCCCUUUCCAGGUCAAAGGGCCAGUAGGGCCCAAGUACAUGACGUUCCAAAUGAUGCGGCACUGGAUAAUGGAUGCCUUUAAGGUAGAUAAAGCCACUCACGACAUCACCCUGCGGUACAUGGUGUGCGUGAAAAAUACUCAGUUACCACGCCGGCAUUACUACAUGCUGGUCGAUAUACCUGGGAUCUAUGCAUGGGCAACAUUUGUGGAUAUGACAUCGCGCUUUGGUGGAUCAUUUGUGCUCUACGCCCAGUGGCAUGCUAAAGCCACAGCACCUGAUCCUGUUUCUGAUGGAGCCAUCACUGGCAACAGCGGAGCAGCGACGGGGCCUGCUACAGCAGCAAUGGUGGCCGCACCCAAAGAUCCCGCUGUGAUGCAUGGACACGAUGUGAGCUGGCCACUGUGCAAGCACGGCAAGCCGUGCAGCAUUGAGACUUCAUGGGGUAAUCUUGAUCCGGGCCGACGGUUCUAUCGCUGCCGUCUCUCCCCGGCAGGCAAAGAUUGCGGGUUCACGCAGUGGCUGGAUGACGAGUUCCCUGAGAAGGCGACCAAGCACAUCAACAGCCUCCUGAGCAGUGUGGAGUGCCUGGAGCAGGAGGUCGAAAACCUCCAGGAGGAGAUCGACGAGUUCCAUCACCGGUACGUGAUCAGCAGCAACUGUGCUCCUUGCGACACCCAAGGCAGCAGGCCUCGCCCGCGCCAGGUCCGUAGAUUGGUCAAAAGAACACGCUAGCUUUUGUGAGUUGUGUCAUCAGUUGCAUGCUGCAGGCUCCCAGAACUCAAUAGAGUACCGUAGGCUAGUUUCGUCUUGCCAUGGUGUGUGUUUCGUGUUCAGUUGUCGUCAGCAGUUGUUCAGUGUAUCGCGUUGCAUGAUCCGUAGCGUAGCUGCAUCGAUGAGUAGAUUGGUUUGACCUGCUGGCUGCGGUUUCACUCGUUAUUGUUCUAGAUGAGUUUGUUUGUCUGAACAAUCUGAAUCGUGUGUAUGUGAUGCCAUUGUUAAUUGCAUAUCUGGUAUUUGAUCUGGCCCCAAA